AUUUUAUUCCACAACUUCCAGUUCAAAAAGGCACGAUGUUUUGUCCUAAAGAAUUACAUACAUCAGUUUGGGAAUUAAUGGAUAGAUAUUUACAUCUUCAUCUUUUAAUACCAACAUCUAAUCCAGCACUAACAUGUUUACAAAUUUGGAAACAAGCA